CCCGAGCUGGUCAUACUCAGGCAGCAACAAUUUUUUGUUUCAUAGUUUGUUUGUGAAAAUUUAAAACUCAACGUCGACGACAACAGCUCGAUUUCCCCGAUUUGCUGACGAAAUCAAUCCAGUCCUACUAUGUCGCAACAACGCUCCACAGAGCAGAUCUCAGCUAGCAACAGCACCACCAGCGAUGUAAUCGUACUGGACGACGACGAGGACUUGGAUGUGCAAUUCGUUGCAGCUCUGCGUCCCGCCGCACCAGGCAUCGAUCUUUGCCUCUCGCCCUCCACUUCCGCUGCUGCUGCAACGGCCGCAGCUGCGGCGACUGCAGCCCACUGCGGAGGCGGAAGUGGCGAGGAUCCGGCGGUUGGAUCCGCUUCUGGAGCUGCUGCUGCGGCUUCGGAUACUGAUUCACUUGCUUCUUCGCCCGACGAAGCAGCGCUAGCCACCGGCGUGGAUGCAGCGGCAGCCGUUUCUGGUGAAGAUUCCCCCUCUGCAGCAGCCGCUGCCUUAGAGUGUCCCAUCUGUUUGCAAACCUGCAUCCACCCAGCUCGUCUCCCCUGCGGCCACAUCUUCUGCUUUUUGUGCGUGAAGGGUGUUGCUUAUAAGAACCGCCGUUGUGCUAUGUGCCGCCGCGAGAUUCCCGCCGAGUUCCUGGACCAUCCCCAGCUGGUGAACGGCAUUGAAGACAUCUGCACCACUCGCGCGACCGAGGACGGCUUUCAGUGGUAUUACGAGGGAAGAAACGGUUGGUGGCAGUACGAUGACCGCACUAGUCAGGACAUCGAAGAUGCCUUUAAGAAGGGCGACAAAUCCUGUACAAUUUUGGUAGCCGGCUACGUCUACAUUGUGGACUUGGAGCAGCUAGUCCAGCAGCGCCAGAAUGAGCCCACUCGCUGCCGGAGGGUUAAGCGAGACCUAGCCACCAUACCCAAAAAAGGCGUGGCCGGUCUGCGGAUCGAAGGCAACCAGGUGACCAGCGACACCGUCUUCAGCAGACCAACGAACACAGCCAAUCCAACCACUGUGGCAGCAGCUGCCUCCAGUUUCAUAUCCACCAUAGCAGCCACAGAUGCGGCCAUUAGGAUCGCUAGCGACAUAAUUGGCUCCACGCUGGCUCAUGCAGAUGAACUAACUCGGGGACUCACGGCUAGCAAUCUCAGCAACGACGAUCUCAGCAGCAGCGGUGAGCAAUCCAACUCCACAAAUUCAAACGAUGCAGGGCGCUCGCCUGCCUCCUCGCCUGCCUCAAGUUCCAUGCAGGAUCUGAUCACGCGUGACCUGAGGAACACCCAACAGGUGAUUGCCCACAACCAGCACACCAUCGAUCUCUUCGAGCAGGCCUUGAACGACUUCCAGGCGCUGGCCAUGCGCAACUAUGUUGACUCCAGCGAUGAGGAGAACAACGACCAGGAUCAGGAGCAUGAGCUGCGGGAACGGGAGCAGCUGGAGGCGGGCGAGCAGCCACAGUCCAACGAUAAUCCCCAGAGAUUUUAGGAAUAACCUACUUAGCAGAAAGCUUAUUUUGUUGCUCGCCUAACCGAUACAUUUAGAGAAAAGAUCAAUGUUCCUUUAAGCAGAUUUCGAUAUACGGAAGGGGAAUGUUAACUAGAGAAAUGCAGUGCGUACCUGAGAAUAUAUCAACUAACAUAUAUGUAUAACCAUAGGCUCAGAGCGUUGGGCGUCGAACAGGAAAAGAAAUAGAAAAGAAUGUCUACAGGGUAAACAAACAUAUUCCUUAAAACAUAAAAUCAGAUAUUGAAACAUAGACGUUACAGCAGAAACAUAAAUAAUCUAUUUAAUACAAUAUUCAACUUUCCCCAAACAAACUCAAUAAAAUUAAAGCAAAAGGAUGGAAAGAUCAUUAGUGAAAUUGGUUGAAUCCAUUUGUGCGGCCUGUAAUGCUCUAAGUAAUCUCUGUAACACCUCCGAAUAGGAUAUCUCUGAAUUCGCCUGUACAUAAUAAUUACAAAAUCAAGAGUUCUACAAGAAUCCGGAAAAAUAACCCUCCCUAUGGUCUCAUUUGCAAGCUGGCAAAAGUAAAUAGAAGCUCCACCAAGAAAGAGUAGUGUGAAAAAGACAAUAUUUGUGAAUUGGGAUUAACUAGACAUUGGGAGGUCAAUUAGUAGAAACUUCCCCACUCACAUAAUUGAUAUUCAGUGCGUUUUUAAAUCGGAAUCGUUUAAGGCAUUUGACUUACUUUCCACAGUAUCCAUGUUCUUAGAUUUCAAUUAAUGCAAGAUGUUUUCGAAACGCACUGUGGUUAUCAGAUUAUCAGAUGCAGUAUUAAUUAUUAAGUCGCCGUUAAGUGCGUUAAACAAAAACCGUUCUGUGACAGUUGAAUAUAUUGAUAUUUUGUAUACUCUAAGUUGCUUUAAAUAAUAGAUUUAAAGGAAAAUUGUUAGUCAGAUUAAGACCUAAUGUUGUAUACUACUAUGUGCUACGGAUACGAUAUACGCCCGAUUUAAUAAUCUCAAUUUUGUGACUACUAUUUUAUAGAUUCGUUUUCG